AUGGACUCUCUUACUACCCACCCCUCGAAUGCGCAGCAGGCUCGUGCCUUCACUGCUACCUCGUCGCUGUCCUUCCCUGGUGGAGCGGGUGAUCUCACUCCUCCCAACUCGGAGAAAGAGGCUAUGGCUCAGGGUGUCAACGGUCAGCAGGCUGCAAUUGCCCCCACCGGCACUGGGGUGACUCCCGCUUCGCCUGCGACCCCCGCUGCGACCCCUGGCGCGACGACCGGCAGCUCUGGCAUCGUCCCAACCCUGCAGAACAUCGUGGCUACCGUCAACCUUGACUGCCGUCUUGACCUCAAGACCAUCGCGCUUCACGCUCGCAACGCCGAGUACAACCCUAAGCGUUUUGCUGCCGUGAUCAUGCGUAUUCGUGAACCCAAGACUACCGCCCUCAUCUUCGCCUCUGGUAAGAUGGUCGUGACCGGUGCCAAGUCGGAGGACGAUUCGAAGCUCGCCUCGCGCAAGUACGCGCGUAUCAUUCAGAAGCUUGGCUUCAAUGCCAAGUUCACCGAUUUCAAGAUCCAGAACAUCGUCGGCUCUUGCGACAUCAAGUUCCCCAUCCGUUUGGAGGGACUGGCCUCUCGUCACCACAACUUCAGCUCCUACGAGCCUGAACUCUUCCCUGGUCUGAUCUAUCGCAUGAUGAAGCCCAAGAUCGUUCUGUUGAUCUUCGUCAGUGGCAAAAUUGUCCUGACUGGUGCUAAGGUCCGCGAGGAGAUUUACCAGGCUUUCGAGUUGAUCUACCCUGUGCUGUCUGAUUUCCGCAAGGUCUAA